UAUCGUGUAGCCAAUAACUAGAGUUACAAUUUGCAUUAAUCAUCUAUAACAGACAAAAUAGACUCUCUCUUGACAAACAGCCUAACUAGGGAAGCCGUAAAAUGCCAAUAUAAAGACAAGGAAGGUCAAAUUCCAAGUACUUUACCACUCGUUAUCUUAGACCUCAAUAAAUGUAGUGACAGAAGACCGUUUUUACUGCUUUAUGCAAUGACCAUAAUUAUCCACCAUGGGAACAUUCCCUAGUUUCUUAUACUUCUGUUUUUUUCUGAAUCCUGAACAUAUGUCUGCAGAAGGAUGAAAAAAGAAAUUGAACUCAAUUAACAUGCCUGAAGGCAAUCAUAUCUCUCAGCCCCACUCAGCAGAGCCAUCACCAUAGCCAAUCUUGAAGCAAUCUCCCAAUAGUGCAUAUAUACAUUGAAUAUAUAUCUUUCUGCUGGGACCCCAAUGUUUCCUUCCUCUUCAAUCCACGCAGAUAAAUAGCAGAAAUAUGGGCUUCCAUGUUAUGAAAGCUGCUUCACUGUAAAAUGCCAGAGAGGUAGUGUUUGAAAUUUGUUGGGGAAUCAUGGGGAAAUCUGGGUUCAGAAUAAUGCUGUACAAGCUCAGAGAUUUUGCCAGAAAAAGCCCCAAUAAUCCACAGCCUGGAAAUAAUAAAGAUAUUAAGAUUGAAAGAACGAUUAGCCUGCCCAGAAGGGGCUACUACCACGAGUUUGCUGCUUCUUCUUCUUCUUCGCAAAGAGGGGCAGGUCAGGGGUACGAUUCUCCCGGGGGCCCAAACCAUGAAAAGGAUGAGAAGAUUCCCAAGAAUAAAGGUAAAUUGUUGCACAGUAAAAGCAAUAGUGUGGCUAGGCGUAAUAAGCCUCAGCUUUGUUCUACACUAAUUGAGACGAGAGUCUCAGCAGGCUGCAGCUACAGAGUCGCCAUCGCGCCAAAUGCGAAGAAAAGCUUGCUUGGUAAAAAAAAGAAGGUUUUCAAGAAGAAUUUGCAGGUUAUUGAAAUGGCGAAGCCUGGAAACCCUGAGUGCAUAAGAAACAUGGAAAAUUUGAGGGAAAGAAAUAAAGGAAUAAUUCAGCAGAGCAAGAAGGAAUAUUCCAAUUGCGCUGCUAAGGUUUCUUUUGACAGCGCCGUGCAAGAAGAGAGGUUCGGGUUCGAAUCCCUACGGCGUCCGGCCUUGAACUGUAAUGAUAAUAUCAAUUUUAAUGUUGAAAGAUGUUCUGUUGGAGCUGUGAAGGACGGAGGGUUCGAACCCCGGAAAAUCCAGCCUGGUAUUAAUAGUAAUAGUGGGAGAAGAUGUUCUGCGUUUUGCUGCAGCUGUAGAUUGAGCAUCUCAGACUCCAUUGAGGGGCUAGAUGAGAGUAGCCUGUUGGACGUGGAUAUCUGGAGCCAAGAAGAAGAAGAAGAAAAAAUUGAAGCUGGACAUUUGCAGACGCCUUUCGUGAGACAAUCCGAUCGUGUUGUCUUGGAUAUGAAGAUUGAUUUUUCUGAAGAGGAUUUGAUGGAAACCAAGGCGACUUUAUUCAGGCCAAGUGAUGUGGCUGCUCAUGCGCAGGUGCAGGCCAAGCUGAGCCAGAUGAUCGAAGAAAAAGGCUCCAAGAAGAAGAAGAAGAAUGCAAGGCUUUCAAAUUUAACCUCGAAUGCAAAAGAUGUACAGCUUUUUCCAGAAUUUCAUGCAAAUGAUGAUUCAGACAGCAGUAAUUUAUUGCAUGGGGCGAUUAAUGACCAGGAAUUGAAUGAAGUAAGAGGAGACUGUUACGCCCGCCCCAAAAUUGAUAGGCAGCGGGCUAGUUUGAGGCCAAAAAAUGGCGAGAAGUGGAGAGCAGCGGCUAAUUUUGCAAGUAGCGAAGGAAGCAAUAAGAUCUCAGAAAGCGUCGCCAUUGCUAAAUCCUCGUAUGAUCCUCGAAGAGACUUCAGAGAGUCCAUGGUAGAGAUGAUAAUGGAAAACGAUAUUAGAGAUGCUCAGGACCUUAAAGAGCUUUUGCAUUGCUACAUUUUUCUCAACUCAGAGGAAUAUCAUGACGUUAUUUUGCAGGUUUUCGAACAAGUCCAGUCGGAUUUGAGAAUUGCCUGAAAUAUAUAUGAUAUUAUAAAUGGAGAGCCUUGUAGAAUUCUGAAUUGAUAAAUUCAUAAUUCAUUAUAUUUUUUACUUCA